GGGAUUACAGGCGUGAGCUAUGAUACUCGGCUUCUUCCCAAAUUUUAAAAGGUUUUAGGAUGCAAUUUAAGAUGACCCCACAUUUUGAUAAUUUCCUAUAUUCUGACACCUAAAGCCUACAUAUAAAAAACACUUGCCUAUUUGGCAAGACAGAAUUCACCUUUUAGGAUAAUUAAAUGAAAGUCAGAGCCUGGGCCGGCUCUGGCGAAGUUAGACGCUCGGAGCUGGUCUCGGACUGCCGGGUCGUCACCCCUUCAGCGACCCCCGCUGACCAUGGCAGUAUUUCACGACGAGGUGGAAAUCGAGGACUUUCAAUAUGACGAGGAUUCGGAGACAUAUCCCUGCCCAUGUGGAGAUAACUUCUCCAUCACCAAGGAAGAGCUGGAGAAUGGGGAAGGUGUGGCAAUGUGUCCUAGCUGCUCUCUCAUUAUAAAAGUGAUUUAUGACAAAGAUCAGUUUGCGUGUGGAGAAACAGUCCCAGUGCCUUCAGCCAACAAAGAGUGAGUUAAAUGCUGAGGAAGCCUUCAGGAAUCCGAAUCCUGAACAGCUGGAAAUGAGCCCAGAUAGAAAUUUCAAAUGCAAAGCUCCUGGCUUCAUGGAGACAACCAUUUGUGAUUUGCUGUUCUGUAGGCGUGUUGUGGAUUCUUUCCAUCAACUGCUGAUUUCAUCUUCAGGAAGCAAGUCCAUACAUGACGUAUCUAGAGUUUGUGCUUAGAACCUUAAAUUGGAAGCGUUCUUAAUUACCCAUCUAAAUUUAAAAGAAGAUAAUUUCAAAAAAAAAAAAAA